AUAAACUAAGAAUAUAAUUAGCAGAUAUAAUAGAAAACUGCUGCGCAUUUAUUCUGGUACUUAGUGCAAUUUAUGUGAUGUCCUGAAAAGUUCAGUUCAGAGGAAUUCAAACUAGAAGUUUUGUUCUGAGUGUGGAAAGUGGACCACAGGACAGGAAUGACAAGAUCUCUUUUGAGUUGCUAUGAAAAAUAGAUUAGGUUGCGUUCAUUGUUGGCUCUGUCCAAGAUUCCAUAUUCUCUCAGCUUUCUAUCACCUCUUCUUCUCCUUCUUAUAAAAGCCUCCUAUAGCUUGCCUUUUUCUCUCCAUAAGAAACGAUAAAAAAAAAAAAAAAAAAAAAAAAAUGUGCAACAGAAGUAGAAGAUAAUUGGUUUCUUAAGAGAGUAUAAAAUAUUAGGAGGCAAAGAGAACAACCAACAAACUUGGAAAAACCAAGGCUCAGCCUCAUAAAUUUUACUACAAUAGAAAACAUCUAUUUCCUCAGGUAAAACUCCCAACAAGAUUAGAGCAAUUGAUGUUUACUAGAUUUACAUCAAAUUAAGAUUGGUCAUCUUCAAGGCAGGAUAUGUUUCAUCACCAAACCCAGGCAAACAUGUACACUUCUACAAGAAUGCCAGCUCCUCAGGAAAGGCAGCUCUUCCUGCAAGGUGGAAAUGGCUCUAGGGAUUCAAAUCUUGUCCUUUCAACUGAUGCGAAGCCUAGACUGAAAUGGACACCUGAUCUUCACGAACGAUUUGUAGAAGCAGUAAAUCAACUCGGGGGAGCAGAUAAGGCUACUCCGAAAACAGUCAUGAAACUCAUGGGAAUUCCAGGGCUGACUUUAUACCACCUAAAGAGCCAUCUUCAGAAAUACAGACUGAGCAAGAAUAUUCAUGGACAAACCUCAAGCGGGGCCAACAAAACUGUUGUCAUGUCUGGCGACAAAAUACCAGAAACAAGUCCUUCCCAUACCAGCAGCAUCAACAUUGCCCACCAAACAAACAAGAACUUACAUAUAAACGACGCAUUGCAGAUGCAAAUCGAAGUCCAGAGAAGGCUACACGAGCAGCUUGAGGUACAUGAUCCUGUCUACUUCCAAUUCAAACAGAAUGGCCUUUCACCUAAUGCGGAAACAACAACAGCUGCUCAGAAUUUACAGAGACAUCCUAAGAACAGUCGUGACAAAGAUCGGCGUUUACAGUUAAGGAUAGAGGCUCAAGGAAAAUACCUUCAGUCAGUCUUAGAAAAAGCUCAGGAGACUCUUGGAAAGCAAAAUAUUGGUGUAGUUGGUCUGGAAGCAGCGAAACUUCAGCUAUCUGAAUUAGUUUCAAAGGUAUCCAACCAAUGCUUGAACUUAGCCUUCGCAGAGAUGGCAGAAGAAAAGCAGGGGGUAUGCCCUAAGCAGCAAAUACAGCCCUACAAACCGAUAGGGGAUUGUUCAAUUGAUAGCUGCUUAACCUCAUGUGAUGGACCUCAGCUGAGAGAGCAAGAUAUGCAGAAUAGUGAGUUAGGGUUAAGACCAUACAACGAUACCAAAUUCUUGGAGGGAAAUGAAUUCAAUGGAAAUCUAAAAGAUCAUGCAACAAUACUUUUCCCUACAACAACUCAACAAGAUACAGAAAAGAUGGUGUUUCAAAUGGAAGGAACAUGUAGUGAUUUGUCCAUGAGUGUCGGGAUUGGAGGAGAUACACAAGAUCAGCUUGAGAAGAACACAUUUCAGCUCGAUAAUAAGAACUACAAACUUGCUCCAUUUAGUAGUGAUCUAGACUUAAAUGUCCAGGAUGAGCAUGAUGUUCCUUCAAGCAUCAGACACUUGGACCUCAAUGGAUUAAGCUGGACAUAAGAGUGACUUGAGCAACACCAAAAGGUUCAAAAUUCGGAACCAUCAUCCAUCGCUUCAACUAGUAUGGAGCUUUCAGCAGUAAAACAGCUUGACAGCAUAGCCUUUCACAGAAUUGAAUGACAUGAAUUUAGUCCUCUUGUAUGCCUCCUAUACCAUUAGAUUUGUAAGGCUUUUUCUUGAUCAUACCCUAAUUUAGCAUUAAUGGCUAUUCAAUUGACAGGAAAGACAGAAUAACAUGUUACAUAUACAAGUGUUACUUUUAGC